AUGGCGUACAAUCCUUAUGGAGUUCCCCCAUACGGAGCUCCUCCGAGUUACCCACUGUACCCCGGGGUCGCAUCGCAUGCUCCGGGGAUGGCACCGCCGCCGGGCCUAGGUCCUCCUCCAGGCAUGUCUUCUGCCCCUGGAAUGGCACCACCUCCCGGUGUCCAGCCGCCCAGUAGUGCCACGCAAGCUAAUCGACCAAGCGGCCUUCCUCCGUCCUUCCAACCGCCGCCGAAUCUUCCCAACAUCAACUUCAACGCCCCUGUGAUCCGCCUCGGCGCCACCAUGGGCGCUGCGAAGCCCGGCUCAUCUCUGACAGUCGAUCGGAAAGACUCACACACUCCCGCCUCCGGCCGACCCGGGCUAGGCUCAGACCGUAGCGUAGAGCACUCUCGCUCCCAGAUGAGGGAGAAUAUGCAGUCACUAGUGCCGCCUACGACAGAGGAGCGACUACGGACAAUAUUCGUUCACAAGAUCCCCGAGGGAGUCGGCGGUGAAGAGGGCAUCCAGAAGCUGCUCAACACAGUUGGCAGGCUACGGCGGUGGGAUUCGGGACAGUCACAUCUGUCAGAGCACAAAGGGGCUUUGUUUGGGUUCGCACAGUACGAAGACCCCGAAUCGCUAGUUGCUGCAGUCGAGUUACUCAAAGACGUCGAGGUGCCCGUGAAAAAGCAGCCGCCUACCGAAAGUCCGCCCGCAGACGAGGACGACAAGUUCGAAGGCAUCGAAAAGGAAACGUUGAAGGUUGUGGUCGACCAGAGCACAGAAAAGUACAUAGAGUCAUGGAAGGAAAGCAGAGGCGAUGACCCGGCGGUCGAGGCGAGACUGGCCGAAGCGAGGUUGGCGCUGAAGCAGCUUGUUCGCAACCUAUUCUACCCGCGUCUCCCUGGCGGUCGGGAUACCGAUGGUGACACCACUAUGGGAGCGAAUGGUCUGGGCGACAACGUUGAGGUCAUCAACAUCCCCCUGGCCGCCGAGGAUGAGUUGGCAGACAUUCCAGCCGAGAUGCGGGCGACCGUGGCGGCAGAGAUCGCGGCUUUCCGGGAGCGGAGCAACCGGAGAGAUCUUGAGCGCCUGAGGAAGGAGGAAGAGUUUGAAGAGAUGGAACGCCAGCGGAACGGAGCACCCCGCAAGUCACGGCUGGACUCCCCGCCUCCGAGCAACUCUAACAUGGUUCCUCUGGGGCCUCGCGGUGUUCCGAAUGCCCCUUCAGGGCCGAGGGGCCAAAACCGCGGUGUCGAAUUCGUCAAUGGAGGCGUCACAAAUGGCCAUCAAUUCCGCGAUGAAGAUGAUACGGAUGCAGACGACGAGGAGCUGCACGAGAGGGAGCUAGCGAAACAAAGGGCGGAAGACGAGAAGUUGUACUUGGAGGCCGAGCGCAAGUGGGUCAACCGCGAGCGGCAGCGCACGGCUGCCCUGGAUAGAGAACGCGAACGCGAGAAGGCGGAAACGGAGGGCUUCGCGCGGAGGAGGGAGGAGCAGCUUGAGAGGGACAAGAACUGGGACGACGACCGCGAGGCAUCACGCAAGGGCCACCUCUACUACCGUGACCACGGGCAGUGGAUCCGGGAGCGGACAGCGUUCCGGGCCGCAGAGGCCGCCCGAGACGAGAUGGAUCGGCGGGCCGAGGAGGACGAACUCCGCCGGGCUGAGGCGGAGAUGGAGCAUGCCAGAGACAUGGCUGACUCGUUCCUGGAGCGGCAGGCCGAGGAGAUGGAGAGGCGGCCGGCGGCCCCAGCGGCUCCGCAGAAGGUUACCAUCUCGUUUGGUGCAGCAGCUCAGAAGGCAGCUCAACGCUCUCACGCGGCACGACGGACUGUGGCCGAGGUCGAAGGGCUGCUGGACGACGAGGAGCAGGACCAGACCACCAAGCGACAGCUUGUGCCCAUCAAGUUCGAGCCCAUCACGGACACCAAAGCCAUGUCCGAGGAGGACAUCCAAAACGCUGUGCGCGCGCUCGCUCACGAGAUCCCGGUUGACCGGGAAGGCCUGUGGGCGUGGGAUGUCAAGUGGGACUACCUGGAGGAGUCGGUCAUCCGGGAGAAGCUGCGGCCGUUCGUGGAGAAGAAGGUGGUCGAAUACCUGGGCGUGCAGGAACAGUUCCUGGUGGACGUGGUGGAGGAGCACCUGCGCAAGCACCAGAAGCCGGCCGAGCUGGUGGAGACGUUGAGCGAGGCACUUGAUGAGGAUGCCGAAGACAUGGUCAAGAAGCUCUGGCGCAUGGUUAUUUUCUUCACCGAAAGCGAGAAGCGCGGACUUCCGGCAUGAGAAGGGCGGGAUCAAGGUCAGAUUGGUUGCCCUGCCACGCUCACUUACGGUUUUGGAUCAAGCCUCCGCAAUCUUCUUUUUGAUGAUGGGCGGGCCGAUGAGUUGCGCGCAGAUUCCAAUCCGGGUCACCAGCGGUUCCGCUGGGGUGCCUUCUGUAUGUAUAAGCUCGCAACUGGUAUAGCUAUGGGCUCACUGUUGGCGUAAUAGGGAACUAAUCGAACAUUGUCACAAUUAUUCCCGGUCUGCGUGUCUACCUAGCUAACGUGAGGUGAGCAGCCAAAACCGAA